CCCACUUCUCCAGUCCAAGUCCAGGCAGUCGGAGCCAUCGGAGCGAGGGUUAAACCAACAUCGUGUUGGAAAACGCAGAGAACAUGUUUCAUCUCGUCAUUACUCGGAAGGGACGCAUCGGUAGAGCGAGAUGCUGGCGUUGCGUGAACAGUGUAUCGUCUUCGGUGACCGAGAACUCGUGGACAUGAAGAGAAGAGCUGUAGGAGAAGCGAAUGCCGCUAUGACGGCUAAUCGCAUAAUCGUGUUUCUCGUUUUCGUGUCGGGAAUCUCGGUAGCUGUCAUCGGCACAUGGCUGUCUCAGUACCUCCGCGGUUCAAUGAAGGAACUACCUGAUCACAAUUAUCGUCAUGUAUUUUUUCCACUACCGUCCGAGGGCACGUUAAACGUGUACGACGACGGGACUCUGGACGUGGCACUGCCACGGAACGAACUGGAUUAUCAGCUGGAAAUAAAGAACAGCGCGGCGACAAUCGCCGAGGCUUUAACUUCGUUGCAUUUAGCUUUAGAGAUGAAACUGUCGGGGAAGCAAAAGAGAGCGAUUAAACUGUUUCAACAUGCCGUGGCUUUGGCGCCCAGGCACCCGGAUGUUUUGAAUCAUUAUGGGGAGUUCUUGGAACAUACGCAAAACAAUGUUAUCAAAGCGAACGAGUAUUACGUGCGAGCUUUGAGCUAUCAACCGAAUCACGAAGGGGCUUUAAUAAAUAGUCAGAGGACUGCGCGAGUCGUCGAGGAAUUGGAUAGGAGGAUGCUCCGGCGGAUAGAUGAGAAACGCAAUGCUUUAGCCGCGAUACCUGAUAACAAUGCUGCGUUGAUACGUGCGAAGAAGGAGGCUUACUUUCAGCAUAUUUAUCACACGGUCGGGAUCGAAGGGAAUACGAUGAAUCUUGCUCAGACCAGAGCGAUCGUCGAAACGCGUACCGCUGUUGCCGGUAAAAGCAUCGACGAGCACAACGAGAUUCUGGGCUUGGACGCUGCGAUGAAAUACAUAAACGCGACUCUGGUCAACAGGGUGGGCUCGAUUUCUAUUAAAGAUAUUCUGGAGAUUCAUAGGCGCGUCUUAGGGCACGUGGAUCCUGUGCAGGGUGGUCAGUUUCGACGUACCCAGGUUUACGUGGGUGGGCAUGUACCUCCGGGACCCGGGGAUAUUCAUUAUCUAAUGGAGGAAUUCGCGUUGUGGCUGAACAGUGAGAGAGCUAUUCGCAUGCACCCAGUCAGAUAUGCUGCACUGGCGCAUUACAAAUUGGUGCAUAUACAUCCGUUCUCCGACGGCAACGGUAGAACGUCUCGCCUGCUCAUGAACAUGAUUUUAAUGCAAGCUGGUUAUCCGCCAGUUAUUAUUCACAAGCAGCAUCGACACACUUAUUACGAGAAUCUUCAAAUAGCUAAUACCGGGGAUGUGCGGCCGUUCGUUAGAUUCAUAGCGGAGUGCACGGAACAGACGUUGGAUCUGUUUCUCUGGGCGACCAGCGAGUUCUCUAGACAAGUUCCAGCCCUGAGUCAGGACACGUUGUUCACCGAACGGCACAACACGAUUGCACUAGAAGACAUGAACGAUUUUAACGCGGAUUAACGUCAGAUCCCCUGAAUAGUUUCUUCUGGUAGACCAAAGACUUAGAGUUUUCGUUCAUCCUGUUUACACGAUCACACCGUUUUCAUUUUAGAAUCUUCCAGCACGCGAGCCUCCAACGUUCCUCCGAACAGUCAGACUUUUUCUACUGUAUAAAAUAUCAAUUGUGCACGAUACAGUAUGCUUCCAAUUCUAAUUUCCGUUGCGUUUCAUUAUGUGAAUGUAAAAAGUAGUCGACGCAGAAAACGGCAAACAGUGUAAAACUUAAUCGAAGACUGUGAUCUAAUAUAAGGUAUAAUGUAUAUUUAAUAUUUAAUUAGGCGAAUUUAAAAUGUUCAUUCACGGAAUCUAUCUUAGGAAAAGUAUCGUGUAUAAAUUAAUCUCAGAACGUGCAAUCGUAACUUGCUGGUCAAGUUACUUCAAAUAUAAUGUAAAUACGCAUGUGGCUUUUAAUAAAACUACUAUUUUAUAAACGAUC